UCUCGUACAAACGUGUUGCGGGUGAAAUGGAAAUCGAAAAUUCAGAAUAUUUUAUUUGAAUUAAAAUUGAAAGUGAACAGUUAUACAUUUAAUUAAAUUGUAAGGAAAUUAAAAAAAAAAUAGAAAAAUUUAAAAAAAUAUUACGAAACAAAUUGGUGAAAGUUCAAACGAAAAUUUAUUAACAAAAAAAUAUAAAAUAUGUAAAUUUGUGUAAACAUGUAAUUACAUGCAAGUGUGUACACAUUUUACUUGUUAUUUAGUGGAAGCGAUGUGAAAAGUGUUGUGCUGGCGAAUGAAACAUGUUGCAGUGAAUAAUGUUAUUUACCGUCGGCAUAUAAAAUGAAAUGACUGCAAAAAAUCUCAAAUAUUUAAGUAAAGUCCGAAAGAAAAAAUAUUUUAAAACUGCAAACGAAAACGCAAAAGCAAAAGUGGCGUCUAACGCGCCAAAAUCAAGCAAUCGGCAAGUGAAAUCUGAGGUGAACUGAAAUGAAAAGCUUCACGGCACAACAAGUGCAGAUGUGAAAGGAAAUAAAGCAAAAACGCAGUGCAGAAGAGCGUGCAAUCUAAUCAAAAUUUGUAAUUUGUGUUAAGCAAACAAAAAAUUUGUUUUGACUGCGAGCGCGAGCAGCAACAACAAUCAACAGCAACAGCAAAAGCAACCAACAAAAAUCAAGAAAAAAUAUAAAAUAAAUAAAGCAACGAAAUUUUGUGAGAAAUUUGCCUUGCAAAUUAUCGCUGCAAAGUGCUUAAUCGUUAACGGGAAAACACAAUAAGAAUUGUUAAGUGUUUGGAAUUUGUUGACAGCCAAAUUGCAGUUGGCCCGUGCACUAAUUGGCCGCAUCGCAUAUUUAUUGCAAACUGCAAGUGAAAAUCGCAAAUCGGUUAAAAGUAAAGCCGAGUUAGAAUUUGCUGAAGAAUUUAUGGCUUAUAUGGCUCGGCUAGUUUGUGUAGUGUGUGUGUGAAUAUUUCGGUGAAUAUUUUGUUAAAACUACGAAACAGAUGCAGUGUAAUCAUAAAUAGUGCUACAUAAUUGAUGUGCUAACAAUUAGAAUAAAUAAAUUAACACAUGCAACGUAUAGAAAAAUCAAAAUGAAAUUUGCGUAUGAUAUGCAGCAAACCCACAAAGCUAAAUUAAUAACAAUUAAUUGAAGCACAAAAGUCAAAAUAUUCUACAAAUAAUAAUUCAUUAAUAUCUUUUUAGCAAAAAAAAAAAAAAACAAAAGCAAAAUACUAAAAAAUGCUGCGAUUUCCACCGCCGUUCACGAUUGUUUGCCAACCGCGCGCUACGCUUACAAAUGCACAUGUCACCGCUUAUGUCAGCAACAACACUUGUGAGGCGUUUGACCGCGUGUCAGACGUCAUCGACAUGCGAGCCGCACACAAAUGUCUGGGAUAAAAUUAUGUAUUUGUAAUUGUAUUUAAUAUGAAUUCAAGUAAUGAGUAAUGAGCAAUAAUUGCGAAUAAAUUAAUUAAAAAUUGUAUACAACAAAAACUAAUCAAGCAGUGACGACAACGCUCACAUAUACUGAGUUGCUUGGUGGGCGGUUUUAGGCGGCGUGGUCGGUCAUUUUGCGUCGUGCGUCUGCAAAUUUUCGCAUUUUAUCGUUACUAAUUAAAAUUUGUGCCACGUAAUGUGGCAAGUAGGCGAGAACAGCAAAGCAAAAAGUGUUGAAUAAGUGCCAAAAACUUUGCGAACCAAAAAUCAAAAAAGAAAUUAUUAAAAAAAAUGUAAAAAAAAAUUAUUUUGCACAAAUUGCAAUAAUGUGUUUGUUCGCAUAAAAGUGAAAGCGCGAAUUGCGGCAAAUUGCUGCACGAGUUCGCUCAGAAACAAACAGAAAUCAUAAAUAGAAUUCCAACGAAGUUCACCAAUAACCCAAAAUGUUGUAAUGGACUAAAAAAGUAAUUAUUUUAAAUAAUAUUAUUGAAUUAAAAGCAAAAAAAUUAAAAUAAAUGUGUAAUAAUUUUAACUAAUUAACUGUUAAAAGUAGCUAAUUUCACAGAAUAAAUUAAAAAAAAAAUAAUAAUAAUAAUUUCAAUUAAAUUAAUGAAAAUAGCAAAUACGUUAGCAAAAAGUCAUUUCCACUUUGUUAAAGCCAAAAACAUGUGUUCCAAUUAAUUAUAAGUAGGCGCAAGGCAAACACAAUUCUCAGCAACAAUAACAACACCCCACCAUCACUAUGGCCGGUCCACAAGUGCAACAUUCACACACGCAGCGCCCCAACAGCGCCUACUACAUGGGCCUAAACGGUGCUAGCAAUGGCCACCACAUCGGCGGCGGCGCGGCGCACACCCACACCACCACAGCAACGAGCCUAAGCACUAGCAGUAGCGUGAAUACAGGCUUGCAUGCGCUGCGUCAAAUGUCCAACGACAUGGAGCUAAUAUAUCGCGGCAAUAGCGCCAAUUCCAGCCAUCAUCCAGCGCAGUCGACACUGUCAACGCACGUCAUCCAACAACAGCCGUCAGCUGCCGCUGCUGCGGUGGGGACAACAGCGGCAGCCAACAACAGUGGCAGUCUAGCAGAGAUUGCCGGCGAUGGUGGUGUUGGUGGUGGUGGUCAAAUAGUCAGCAUAGCUGGUCCCGGGCCGAGCGCUAGUGAUGCUUUAAUUGUUCCUUCAAAUGCGGCGUUGAAACGCAGCAAUUUGGCGUCGUCGAAAAAGACACAGCGGCGUAGCGUGGAAAUUGUCGUCGACGCGUCGCAAUGUGGUGUCGCCGCUGACGGUGACGGCGACGGCGCGGACGCCAAGUCUGGCGAUGACGUCGAACAGGGACGUCGCAUGUCACGGCAUCGGCGUCGGCCAUUACAUCGUCGCUUUUUCAAUUACCUGCGCAAUUUGUUUCAAGGCAGUGCCGCACAGAAUGAUUCGGAAUUGGAGGAAUUUGAGACGCCCGCACGCUAUCGUCCCGAUUCCUUAAGUGCCCUCAGUCGUACUACGCGCUUCACGGAGGAUGAAAUCAAACGAAUUUAUCGCGGUUUUAAGGCUGAGUGUCCGACGGGUGUCGUCAAAGAGGACACAUUCAAACUUAUCUACUCGCAGUUUUUCCCACAGGGAGCCAACCCCACCCUGUAUGCACACUACGUUUUCAACACACUCGAUCAGGACCACAGUGGCAUCGUUAGCUUUGAGGACUUUGUUCAAGGACUAUCGAUAUUGUCGCGCGGCUCUGUGGAGGAGAAACUACGUUGGACAUUCUCGUUGUACGAUAUCAACGGCGACGGCUUCAUAACGAGGGAAGAAAUGACUGAUAUUGUGACUGCCAUUUACGAACUGAUGGGACGCCUACCGGACGAGUGUCCCGAGGAGGAGAAAAUCAAACACAAAGUCGAACACAUAUUCCAGAAAAUGGACAAAAAUCGUGAUGGUGUGGUGACGUUGGAUGAGUUUCUGGAGACAUGUCGAAAUGACGAAGCCAUAUCACGGUCAAUGUCCGUCUUCGACUCAGCGUUCUGACCAUAUCCACUGGAGAAACGAGACGAGAGUGCCGAUAAUUACCGGCAACACAAAGCACAAUCGUCCGGAAGGGGCAAGGGGGUUACUGCCGGGGGUACUAGUCAUAGUCGUACACGUAGUAGUCGCAAUAGGCGCAAACAAUCAUCAUCACAACAACGUCAACAGCAAACAGAGCAACAAAUGUCGCAACAGCAAACGACACUGGACGAGCAGACACAGCGCGACAAAUGUAAAAAGCCAAAUAAACGUAAGUCAAACAAGAAAGUCCUACAAAUACAACUACCAGAUAAAGCACAGCCACAGUCAUCACAGCCAGAAUUACAGCCAAACCAGCAGAGCCAAGUCGAUGCACUAAUAAGCCAAACUUCAACCACAAAUUGCGAGAAACCUCAACUGCGCGAAAGCACUGUCAAGCGUGCCGUUACACACAGUACCGCCGCAGCCAGCGCGCCUACUUCCAGCAGCGACGCCUCCACUGCCUCAUGCGACAGCGAUAGCGAAGAAGCGGUCAGCGACAAAUUGGCCUCCAUGUGCCAUCACUGCCUGCGGCCACAAAUCGAACUACAGUUACGCCAUUUGCGUCCUCAUCAACGCCGCCAAUGGAGUCGUUUGCUGCAGCAGCAGCGCAGCAAGCGUCGUUCGAGUAAAACCCGCAAGGAGGUUAGCUGGAGUGGUGCGCACGGUGAAAAUGGCAGCGGGCGACGCAAUGGUCACGGCGGCGGUGGAGAUGAUGAUAAUGAGGGCGCAGUUACGGCGGGGUGGCAACGUUAUGGCAGCAACGACUACAUGCUGCCUACGAACACCUAUACGAGCGGUGUGCAUUGGUCGCGACGCGACGUCAGCGCCGCGGUACGGUAUCGCUGUCCCCAGGUGGGACCCAAGUCCGCACCCUACCACUUCCACCAUCCACAACAACUACACAAUGCAUAUCAGUUGCAAUUAUUGCUGCAACAAUGCGAUUAUGUGCCGCCCGCGUACUACCAGCAACAACAGCAGCAGCAACAACAACAACAACCAUAUUAUGAGCGGCACGCGGCACUGCAUAAUAGUAAAAUGGACUGUAACUACACCAGCACCCCAGCUGCUUCUACUACUGCUACGGCCACAGUGGCAACCACUAUAAACAUUGAAUGUGAGUCUCACAUGCAAUUACAAAAACAACACGAUAGAAAUAUAAGAUUGCAGCAAAAUCAAAAUUUAUACGCAACAACAAACAUUCAAACUGCCACAUCGAGCGGUUGCAGCGACGCCUGCUGCACCAGCAACGCCAGCUCAGUGGCGGCGGCGUCGGCACUAACUGCACCAGCGGGAACCACAGUAGCUUUGCAACCACAGUCCACAACUCAUGCUCUAGAUCGCGCAACAAGGGGCACAGUCAGCGACAGUGAACUACAGUUGCAACAGCACCUGCCCACGUCCGAGUCGCCGUCUUUGGUGAAGGUCCGCGCCUGGUACACAGUGGCUAAACAGGGUGUUUCUUGCUAAUAGUAGUUUCAUUCCUACAUCUCUCGCCUAUGGAACAGCUCAGUAUUUAUGCUAUUACCACUUUCCACAUAACUAAUUGUAGUUCGAAUGUGGUUAUUGUUUUGAGUUUUAUGAAAAGAAAAUCGUUGUAAUUUAAGUAGGAGGCCGUUCCAAAUUAGCAAGUUACUAUAAGCGCACGAUUUGAUUCUGUACAUAUAUACAUAUACAUAACAAUUACAGCUUUGUGACGUUCCUUAGCACGGUUACGUCGAGCCUGAUGUUUUUCCAAAAUUAUUCAGAUGUUCCGCCAUUCAUUGUUUCUGUCUUUUUUAUGUGUCUUCUUUUAUUAUGCCAUUUUCUUUUAUUUAUGCAACUUUAUUGUUCGAUUCACCACUCUCAAAACAUUGACGAAUCAAGAAAGACUGUUAGAACACUAUUUGAAAAACUAUUUAGUACUUUUUAUUACAUACACCAUCAUAUAUAUAUUGUGUAUUUCCACCCCCAAAUUCGAUAUCGCUAUCUUUAUAAAGAAAGUCAGUGAAGAUAGAUAGAUAGAUAGUAAAAUUGAGGUUUUGAACCUCGACCUAUGGUCUAUUGUGUCCUCCCCUAUAUCACAUAAGGUCACAAAAGUCCAGCAUCCUGUACAAUUCCAGGAACCUGCUGGGAGCGACUGAGGUGAUGUGAUCCCUGUCCAAGUAGGCCUUGAGCUUGCUUCUGCCAAUCGCUGGGCAAUCCAAAAUCAGGUGUUCUGAAGUUUCCUGUUCCAUGGCGCAAAACCGGCAGUCAGUGGAGAUGUAUCUUCCAUAGAAACUGUACUUUCGAUUAAAAAUGAAAAGGUUUUCCUUACCUUUCGGCAAGGAAAUCAAAAGUUGACCCGAGGCAAUGAAACGGACAACACCAAAAGAGAUGUGGUCAUUAAUGAACAUGAAAGUGUGUGAAGACUGUAUUAUACUAAUAUUGUACCAAUUGCCAAAAGAGAAUAUAUUUUACUUGAAAAUUCAAUUGGUUUUUUGUGCUGAGAAUUCUAUUAUUGUUUGACUCGACAAUUCAAGCUUAUAAAGUAAUAAAACUCAAGCAAAAAAAAAAAAAAAAUAGUUAUAGCGUUCGUUUACAGCUGUUGAACUUUCACUCUGACAUCAGUGCGGUAGUACUAGCGCAGAGCCCACAAACUGUGCGCUCAAUGUUAGUCAAGAAGUGUUCCUUAUCAUCAAACUCAUUUGAGUGUCUGAUUAUAAGGGUUCCUUGUCUUAAGGAGCACUCUUGUCAUGCUCAUAUCGGCAUGAGAACGAGUUGGAUCUCCGUUGUCAUCUGGUGAUCUAGACUCGGCCUAUGGACCACGUGUGUGCUUAGAUAUGUUGGUCGACGACAUGUCUCUGCGCGACUGUGAUAUCUUUUUUUCUCACAGAAGGGGAGGCAGAAAAAUCUUGGUACAUCCUUUUUUCAAGAGUGAGCUUGAAACAUCUCAGCAGUUAUACCUUCGACGAAGCAGGAUAUAUAGCCUAAACUGAGAUUAGCCAUCUCAACAAAUUUGUGAUUGGCUCAAAGCGCCUCGUCAACACAUGAGGGUUCUUAUGAUCAAUUUUAUAAGAGUUCUAGGUACCACAAUGGUUCGUUGUUUCGAGUAGCCCUAGUAAAAUCGCUUUGGAUUCUACAUACUAUUUGAUCUAACUUAACCUACCCUACCAUAAUAACUCGUCAAUAAAUUCCUUAUGAUAAAUAAAUAGAGUAUUUGAAAUAGUUCAUUUCGAUUUAGUUCUUCAUUGGUGUGUAAGAGUGAUAAUGGUAUAUACUUAUAAAGUGAGAAUGAAACAAGGUUUGUCAAGAAAUCAUAGUUUGUUCUUAGAAUAAGCAUAUGGUCACUUAAAAUGCAAAAUAACGUAACAUCAUUUUUCAUAAGUUGACAGGCGAACGAAAACCGAUAUAAUAGAAACCACUCACAUUGAAAAUAAAAAUUGGGUUUUGGUUUUAAAAUGGUUAGAAAGUUUGGUUAGUGUGUCGCAAGCAAUAAAAAACUCAAUUUCGAUUUCUUCGGUGAUGCGGCGUUUUGCAUUUCAAGUGAGGAUAUAAUAAUUUUAGGUGAAGCAGAAAUGGGACGAUAUUUUUGAAAGUUCUGGGCAAUCGUGCACAGCUUGAUUUUCCUUGGAAAGAAAUAAAACAUAUUCAUAUUUUCAAACAUUCUUCAAGGACUCCCUGUUUAUAGAAUUUUAUAAAUUUGCUUAGCUCACAGCAGAAAAAACGCUAAGACGCCUUUUUAUCACAUUUAAAUGAUAAAUUAAUUGUAUCUAAUUUUUGGAAAAAUAAAUUUGUAAAUUGUGUGUAUAUGGUAGAUAUACAAUGAAAAUUGAACAUAAGGCCUCAGUGAGGAUUACCAAUGUACGUCAAAGUCACAUGAAAUAAAUAUUCAUCAUCAAACCCUCACCCACCCCACGUCAUUAUAUUUGCUUUACCUCCACUUUUAAAAUGCUAAGAAGCACUCAAUGGUGGACGUGUGUGUAUAAAAUUUGGUUUUAGCUGCAAAAAUAGAUUUUGAAAAGUAUGAUUUAUGACACAUUUGUGCACUAAAUAAUAAAGUGUUUAAGUAUUUGUGUAUAUAUAUGUGUGUAAUUGAGUGUAUUUAUAUAUUAAAAUCAAACUUAUUUCUUUCAUUUUUUACUAUUUUCAAAGCAAGAAUUAUGUGUGUUUGUCAGCGGUUAAGGGCAAAGUAAUAAUAAUUUCUUACGUUGAUGUAAUUAGUUUAAUAAACAUAUUUUUGUGCUUAAAUCAUACAAAAAUAUAAUUAGAUAUAUUUUUUAAUU